AUGGUGAGAAGACAGCUUUCAGGUAUUCAUCUAUCAUUCCAGUCUACAUUCUCUCCGGUGAGAUUGUUUAGAAAUGGGCUCUCUCAUCACAUGAUCAAAGGGUCCGAAAUAGAAAACAAUGAAAGACCAUCCCGAUCGUCAUCAACUGUUGUAACUCCGAAUAUUGAAACGUUACGAGUUAAAAAUUUAAUCAUUGGUGCUGGUGUUGUGGGUGUUGCUUGUGGAGCAAGAUUAUCCAUGGAAAAUACGAAUAGGAAUGAAUUAAUUAAUAAUAAUAAUAAUGAUGAUUGUAUCCAUACAUUAGUGGUGGAACGAAAUGAACAUAUUGGUCAAGAAAUUUCUUCCAGAAAUUCUGAAGUUAUUCAUGCUGGACUGUAUUAUGCGAGUGAAAGUUUAAAGACAAAAUUGUGUGUGUUGGGAAAUUCUUUAAUUUAUUCAUUUUGUGAAAGAAUGGAAGUGCCACACGCUAAAAUUGGAAAGUGGAUUGUUGCAAACUCUCAAAAUUCAGAUCAAGUUCAAUAUUUGGAGAAAAUGAAGCAAAAAACAGACCAAAUUAUUGAUCAAUAUAAUGCACAAGUUAAAAAGCUGAAAUUUCUGUCUUCAGAAGAAAUUAGAACAAAGGAGCCAAACUUAUCGUGUGAUGUUGCACUCUCUUCUGAAAGUACUGGAAUCAUUGAUACUCACACUUUUAUGUCCAGACUGGCUGACAUUAUAACAAAUAACGGUGGACAAGUUGUCACUGGUACGAAAGUCAAUAGAAUUUUAAGAAGUUCAUUCGACGAAUUUUUAGUAGAAGUGAAUUGUUUGAACAGUGAUGGAACCAUCGAUCGGGUGAAUAUUAUUGCUGAAGUUGUUAUAAACAGUGCUGGAUUGGAUAGUGAAAGAAUCACACAGCUUGGUUACUCUGAAUUUGUUGGAGCAAAUAUUUUACCUGAGCGGUAUCAUAUGCAUUAUUUUAAAGGUCAUUACUUUAAGAACAAUGGAGCUUUCAAAGUUAAUCGCUUGAUUUAUCCAGUACCACCAGACAGUAAAGGUCUAUCACACGGUUUAGGAAUUCAUGCAACUCUUGAUUUGAGUGGAAACUUAAAGUUUGGACCCGAUUCAGACUACAUUGGAAAAGCGCGAGAUCUUUUCCCAGAGCAAUAUACAAUUUCUUCAAAUGCAAUUGAACGAGACACGCUUUCUAGUCUAUUAUAUCCUCACUAUAGGAUUGACCAUGACAUUGCCAAUGCAAAGCGUGAAAAAUUCUAUCAAUCCAUAUCAACUUAUUUAAAAGGAAUAGACAAGGAGAAUUUACAGCCAGAUUAUGUUGGCAUUCGACCCAAGCUCCAAAAACCUGGUGACCCAUUUAAGGAUUUUAUUAUUGAGCCACUCGAAGCUAUUAUUGAAAAGAAAGACCCACUAGCUUCUCGUUUCAUCUCAUUGUGUGGUAUUGAAUCACCUGGCUUAACAUCGAGCUUGGCUAUCGCUAAUCACGUUGCAAACGCUUUGCUGAACUAUUCUUCAAAAAACAACUUUCAAUAA